GGCGUCGUCGAGGUAGGAUGUGACAGUAGGGCUCUGUGAAAAUCUGUGACCAUGACUGCCACCGGUAUACUUCCAACCUAUCAGAGAUUUGUAAACGGUGUUCCUGUGCCAUCGUUUUCUAGACGGUCAUUCAGACCGAGAGAAAAGUAUUUAAUUCUCUUAGUGUUUAUGACAUUUGGUGUUGUGUGUUUCGGUGCGUUCUUUUACCUGCCAGAAUUUAGCCGUGCGUCGGGUACAGUGAACAGUGUUUACAAACAUAUGCAAAAAGCAGGACCGGAGCUUCUGAUACCCGCUCCGCCUCAUGCUGAUGAUGUUAGCGAAUUGCCAGGAGGGGGAAAGAUUAUUAGACAUGGUGACUUGGGCCAACAAGACCCUCAUAGAAGUGAAGAUAGGGCCAAACUUCAAGCAAAAAUUGAAGAAGCUGAAGAACAAGACAAGAUGAGGAACCAGAAAGUGUUGGAGAGACCAGACAUCUUCGUAGAACCAGUUGUAAGUGUAAGUGCUGCGCUAAAAACAAACAAACCGGUUGAAAAUGUCAUUGAGGAAAAUGCAGCACAAAAAGAGCAGAAGAUUGUAACCAUUCCACCAGCACCUAGUGAUCGUUAUCCAGCUACUUUCGGCGGUGAAGAUGCUGAUCCUAUUGCACGAGAGAGAAGGAAUAAAGUGAAAGAGGUACGUUACGACGUGUAUCAAGCUCACGCUAAUUUUCUGGGAGAGCCGUCAGAGUCUUUCCGACGAAAUUUUAAUGUCGAACGUCGCGGUGCAGUCCCACAUCGAAACAGUUUACUCAGAUGGAUUCAGGCGUUUAGAAGUACGGGAAUUUCCCGAUUCGGCGAUGUUUCGUGGCGCACUCGCUCUCCCGAUCUAUCGAUU